UUUUUCUUCUGAUUUGCAGGUUUUUUUGUGUGUAUAGAGCGUUUCUGAGAAUAGUGAUACCGUCUCGUGUGCAUAUCUUCGAUACGUGAGCAGAAAAAUCUCGGUAAAACGAGGACUACCAUGCCUCAGGAAGUGGAAAUAAAAGAGAACGAACCUCUUGCUGUCGAAGAUGGCAACAAAGUCCAGGUCGUGAAGGUAAAUGAUGCUGGCAUCAACGGUACGACGGGAAGUCCAACUCGCGCGGCGCCCAACGUUACCUUCGCUGGCAUGUCAAAAGAAGAACUGAUGCAGUACGCCAAUGACCCCUUCUGGGUUCGCUUGCGCUGGUUUCUUUUCAUCUUCUUUUGGCUCGUUUGGUUCGGAAUGAUCGGCGGCGCUGUCGCCGUUAUUCUCACUGCGCCGAAGUGCCCGGAGAAACCGGAUAUUACGCGUCUGCAGGAAACUGGAAUUGUCUACGUUCCGACCAACGCUUUCAAAAGCCCCGGAGCUGAUCAAGUCGACAUUUUCGGAGAGCUGACCAGCAAGCUGCGUAACUUACACGACUUGGGAAUGGAAGGUGUUUGGAUUGAGCGCUUUGAAGACCAGCAAGAUCCCAUGGAUAUUGAGAAUGUUGCUCCAAAAGUAUUGGAGUUCUUAAAAGAGGCCGACAGGAGUGGCCAAAAGAUCUUGAUCGAAAUCAAUCCGAACCGUACCCCCAUUAAGCAUCCUUGGUUCGUGAAGUCAACCAAAAAAGAAGGGAAAUAUUCCAACUAUUACAUUUGGCGGCCAGCGGCGAACAACUGGCUUACUGCGGAGUCUGGAACUGGAGGAACCGCCUGGAAGAGGAACGACACUCGCGGGGAAUUCUAUUAUCAUGCUGAGGCCAAUGGCUUAGCUGAUCUUAACUUCAGGGAUCUCAACGUCCGUGAAGAUGUGGAAAAGGUGCUGAGAUUCUGGCUGGAUAAUAAGGCUGCUGGGUUCGUCAUGUUUGGAGUUAGGUAUUUGUAUGAGGAUGCCAGCUUCAAAGAUGCGGCUGUGUCCAAGAAUGCUACUUUGCGGGAAAGUGGUGGAUAUUCCGCCCUGUCAAACGAAGGAGUCACCCUUGAUCUUCCGGAGAACACGGCUUUGCUGGCAGACUGGAAGAAGAUCAUUGACGAAUAUUCCCCCGAAGAAGGAGCCCGAUUUUUGGUGACGAAGGUGAGCAGUGCGCCAUCUACUGCCGUGAUUGCGGAAUCGUUUUCGGAACUCAAAUUACCGGUGACCGGUUUCGAGAUUCGAACUGCUGUGGAAGCUGCCGGUAUCGGAAAAAGCAGUGGAUUCGCAUUGUGGCCGGUUGGUCACCUCAGCCGAGCGAAGGAUACUUUCCAUGAUGAGAGAUUGGUGGCGACUAUGGAAGCGAUUGCCGCCCUUCUGCCAGGUUCUCCUGUGCUGCGAUAUGAUAACAUUCUCAACGCGGAUGGAUCCAAUGCCGGUGGAACUCAUUUGGCGGAGCUGAUGAAACUGCGAGGAGAAAAUGGGAUUAAAUACGGAGAUUUUCGUGAAGCUUUCGUGAGCAAGGAUAUCUAUUCGUUUUCUCGAAUCUUCGGGAAGCAUGGUUUUGUUGCUUGCGCAUACUUCGGGGAGGAGGCUGAAUUUCACGCUGAUCUACACUCGUAUGAUCCCCGUUUCCCGGAAACGGGGGCCGUCGUUUUCCGUUCGGGGAAUGAUCCUGAAGCUCCGAUUGAAAGCCGAUUGGAAGACGCGAUGUUCGUCCGUGCUCUGAUUUGUCGUUGCAUAACCCGCCGCUUCAUCACCACGAAUGUUCAGACGACGUGUAGCACUUUCUCGCAUGAUCAAGCUUCGAAUCACGCGUCUUCAAUGGAUCACCUUUCGGCUGCAUCUCAUUUUCUCGGCGCGGACGAAGUUGAUGUAGAAAACUCCAUUGAUGGAGUAGCUAGAGGAACGUUGUUGGAUGAAUUUCGAACGAGAUUGUAUCCGGAUAUCGCGCAUGAUCCCGUUCUGACCGAGUUGGAAAGUGCUGCUAGUGUUGAGGAGGUGUUCCAAGUUUUUCGUAAAAUUGACUGGAAAGCGAGUCCAGCUCAUGUAGGUCAAGGUCUGGUAACUCUAUGGGACCUCCAGAAAGGCUAUCUGCUUUAUAGUCCCAGUUUCUACGCGCUGGAUAAAGUUCAUGGAGAAGCGAAGAGGACUCUUAUGACGAAGUACCUGGAAGAAGUCAGCAAUCGCGAGGAAUUCCAGCGUCUUCUACAUCUUCUGUCCACACGCUACGAGACUCUGCCGGAUCUAGUUCUCUCGUGUCUCCUUUUGUAUUUACCGAGGAUGAGUGUGCCUUCUACGUCGCAGUUGGUCAAGUCCAUUUGCGAGCUUAUUCGCCCCAGGGUGGACGUUCUUCCACUUCCUGCUCUUUCUCGGCUGGCUGUGGCCGCUUCCGAGUCGAGAGCAGCUGACUCCGAGUUGAUUUCUUCCGUCUUGAAGGCGCUUUGGAAUAGCAUUUCCGUUAUGAGCAACCUGAAUGAUGCGAAGUUAAUCGCGAUUGUGCUUUUUCGAUUGAACUCAAGGAUCUCCACCGAACUUGUCGACCGUUUUGCCGAUGAGUUGUGGUUGCUUUUGAAUAAUCGGGAGAUUGACGAAAAGAACGCUUUGAACCUAGAAGAAUUACUGGGCAUCCUGAAGAUUUUGAAAUUCUUUUCAUUACCCAGGGUGCGAGACAGAAGAGUGCUUAGGCUGUGCAGUCGGCUGAUGUCAUUGGCAUUGACCGGUCCUUUGGACGAAUUGUGCCCUCGUUCUCUGACUGCCCUUGUUCAUUGGUACAACUUUUUGGGCGAGCCGGCGAAAGUUUAUUCAGUCUUGAUCCCCGCGCUUACGAAUGCCUUGGACAAAAGUGACGAUACUGUAGAAUCCGCGUGGAUUCUGGAAUCCAUCGCGUCACUGAGCCCAAUAUCCAUGAGGCCCCGUCUAAGAUCUCAGGUGGAACAGUUCAUACGUUUGGAUCUAAACGUUUUCGGGAACCCGGUUUAUCGGCUUCUGAAGUUUUCGAAGUGCACAGACCAUCGUCUUCUCGAUCGUUACUGGGAUUGUGUAGCCAAUCAGGUUACUGGGAUAGAGUCUACGUACGAGCUUUGUGGGGUGAUACAGAAGUACUUAUUUUUCAACAAUAAUCUGAGCGGGUCGUACUACAACAAAAAUCUUGAAACUGCUGUCGCGGAUGUGAUUCUGUCACUCUUCGAGGACGGAAAAUUUUUCCGACCUGUACAGUUGUCCCUUGCAGCCGCAUUCCUUGUCGCGUAUGGCUGGUCUCCAAGCGCGCGGCCGAUCUUCGACGCGGUCUUCCUUGCUCAAGAACAACUGAAUGCUGAAUGUUUAGUGAAUCUUGGUGCUGGACUGCAGGUUGCCCUUCAUCAUAAAAACAGGCGUUUCAGCGACGGGACCAGGACAACCCUCAAUCAUAAAGUUGAACCGCAAAGAUCAAGAGAUAUCUACGAUCUCUCGAUUGUUGUGAAUCGUCGUGUUGAAUCUAUGUUGGAAGAUCGAUUCAUUUCCAACGUGGAAGAUCUUGUUAAACUAAACAUCACGCUGAAGUAUGAUUUCCCCAAUGUGACGAGGCUGGUGAACAAGACUAAAGAAGCUUAUCUGGGUGAAGAUUCAUCAAAGUUGUCUGCGAGAGAUGCACUCGAUAUGCUUGCGUUGACAUACAAACUGAACUAUUGUGACGAAGAUCUUCUUUUGGCGGUUUUUCGAUAUUUGGUGCAUGCGCCGAGUGAAAAUUUGACCGGAUUGUUGGUGGGGCGCAGUUUGAUGGCCAUGUUUUCUCUUGGCUACUUCCCCCGUGUUAACGCUGAGAACUGUGAUAAAUUUGUAGAUAUCUUGUUACGAGACAAAGGAUUGAUUCCAGGUCUUCACCUCAUUACCUCAAGUUUGCUUUUGUCUGGAGCGGGAUUUUUACCAUCAAAAUUGGUCAGUUCCGUGUUCACUGUAGAGUACAUGGACUUGUUGGAUGAGGAAAUUAGGGACUGCUAUUCGAAGGAGACGUAUCCGGGACGAGUGCGUCAUGCUUUGAUGGAGCUAAAUCGGACUGUUUGUCUGGAAAAACCGGAAGAUAAAGUUCCAUGGUUUCAUGACAAAUACUGUCGAUCCCGUGAAGCAGAAAGAAGAAAGUUUAUGACGGCAUUUCAUCAAGAUGUGCGUCAUUUCAUGCAGUCGGCAUGGUGUGAUUUGGGGACCGUUAAUAUUUACCCGUUUGCCCUCACGCCGUAUUACAUCGCUGUCGGUAAAUAUUUUCCACCUCCUGACGCACAUGCCCAAUUCAUGACCAGUGAACUCUCGUGUAUUUCAGAUUUCCUUGUCGAAAUAUCGGGGUCAACUGAAACAAGAAAUGUAGCUGUCAGAUUAUUGAGUGAGCGUCAUUUCCCCUUCAACCGAUCCGUUCCUGUUGGUAGCUGCCAGGUGCAAAAGUGUCACCUGGAAAUCAUGGGUUUUAAAGUCAUUGACGUGGAUAAACGUGUCUGGAAUUCUUUGGCAAUGUCGGAUCCGCGUCGUAAAAUUGAAAUGUUGCGUUCUGCGUUAAAAAUUUGCUGAUGAGUGUUCAGUUUGUCGUGAUGUCCAUGGAUGAAUGGUGCCUUCUGCCUCGAAUAAAGACCGAAUUGGAAGAUUCAAAAGAAAA